AUGCAGGAGAUUGGCCUCAUUGCUCGUGAUGUCGAAGCACAUGAAGUGAUUGCAGACGAAGUCAAAGUUUGGGACGCUCUGACACCUGAAGAGAAAGCGAAAUCAUCCAAGGCCAUGGAGGUUUUUGCUGCUAUGGUCGAAUGCAUCGAUGCUAAUGUUGGCAAGGUCGUCAAUUAUCUCGAAGAGACCGGAGAGCUUGACGAUACGAUGGUCUGUUUCAUGUCUGACAAUGGAGCCGAAGGUGCAGCCUACGAAGCGUACCCCAUUGUACAGGGUGAAAUGAUGCAGCACCUGAAAACAUACUACAAUAACAGUAUAGAGAACAUUGGUCGUGGUGACAGUUAUGUCUGGUACGGACCUCGGUGGGCUCAGGCAGCAACGGCACCUAGUCGUCUCUACAAGGCCUUCACUACAGAAGGUGGUGUUCGUGUACCCUUCGUCGUACGCUUUCCGGCAAACGUCGAGACUCGUUCUGAUGGCUUCAUCGACGCUCCCGUAGAGGUUGCCAGUUCCGGUUCUCAUGCCAGUGUCGAAAAAGGCAGCAUCACUCAUGACUUUGCCACGGUGAUAGAUCUUUGUCCCACAAUUCUGGAGAUGGCAGGUGUCACACAUCCAGCACCUACCUACAAAGGUCGCGAGAUUGUAUCCAUGCGUGGCCAGAGCAUGCUGUCUUUUAUUAAAGGCCGAACCCACUCGACUCACCCUGAGGAUUACAUCACAGGCUGGGAGACUUGCGGUCGCGCAGCCAUCCGUUGUGGCGACUGGAAAAUCGUCUUCAUUCCCAAGCCCAAAGGUCCCGAAAAGUGGCAAUUGUACCACCUCUCAAAAGAUCCUGGCGAAGUUUAUGACCUUGCCGAGCAAGAUCCUGAGCGUCUGGCUCGCAUGAUCAAGAUGUGGGAUCAAUACGUUCUUGAAACUGGCGUCGUCCCUCUGGCACCGGAAUUGGGAAAAUUUCUGGAGGCUACAGAAGCACAGAUGCCUGAGAAUGCAUGGAUGGAGUACGAGUACUGGAAGGACGGGGCUAGAGAUGAGCCUGAGAAGUUCUUUAGACAGCCUCCAAGGUUUCAGAGGAGUGUUCAGCCCAUAUGA